AUGACUGCAGCAGUAGCAGGGGGAAUUCCUGCAGGUGCAGCAGUUCUAUUUGCUGGUCCAGCCAUUGCGCUAGCUUGGUGGCUGAGAACCGAGGAAGACCCUGAGGUUAACUUUGGACAACUCAAAAGGUUAUUAUUGCGUGAACUGCUAGUUGCUACAGAUAACUUUAGCAAUAAAAAUGUAUUGGGAAGAGGCGGUUUUGGUGAAGUGUACAAAGGACAUUUAGCUGAUGGCUCUCUAGUGGCUGUGAAAAGGCUAAAAGAAGAGGUUAACAAGGGUGGGGAACUGCAGUUUCAAACCAAGGUUGAGAUGAUUAGUAUGGCCGUUCAUAGGAACUUGCUUUGGCUUCGUGGAUUUUUCAUGACUCCAACUGAGAGAUUGCUCCUUUAUCCUUACAUGGCUAAUGGAAGUGUUGCUUCUUGUUUAAGAGAACGUCCUGAAGGCAAUCCAGCACUUGAUUGGCUAAAAAGAAAGCAUAUUGCUCUGGGAGCAGCAAUGGGGCUUGCGUAUUUACGUGAUCAUUGCGACCAAAAGAUCAUUCACACGGACAUGAAAGCUGCUAAUAUAUUGUUAGAUGAACAGUUUGAAGUCGUGGUUGGAGAUUUUGGGCUUGCAAAGCUCAUGAAUGAUAAUGACUCUCAUGUGACAACUUCUGUAUGUGGUAUGAUUGGUCAUAUAGCAACUGAGUACCUUUCGACUGGGAAAUCGUCUGAGAAAACUGAUGUUUUUGGAUAUGGAGUCAUGCUUCUAGAGCUCAUCACUGAACAGAAGGCUUUUGAUCUUGUUCGGCUUGAAAAUCAUGAUGAUAUCAUGUUACUUGACUGGUUUUUGAAAGAGAAUAAGUUGGAAAGUCUUAUGGAUGCAGAGCUUGAAGGAAACUUUGUGGAAAAGGAAGUGGAGCAGCUAAUUCAAAUGGCUCUGCUCUGUACUCAAAGCUCUUCAUUUGAAUGUCUGAAGUGGUGA